GCAUGAUUGAAAAACCCGAAACGAGGGCGUUAGCGGCGUUAGCCAGCAAGAUCGCCAUGGCGGCUGUGUGGUUGAAACGACGGAAGGAGCUGCAGUGUUUGUUGGAUCCUUCUCAAAGGUCCCAGAAGGAGCCAGAAGAAGAGUGGAAGCUUCCAAAGGAACUUUCUCCUCGAAUUGCCGAAAUUCGGAGGAUCGUCAUGGAACAGUCGCAGACGGUGGAUGAGUCUGAUCUGGAGUACUGGCCCAAAUCGAGCGCAGGAGGAUCUGAACAUCCAAGCCUAAGUUCGGCCAGUCCAAGCCCAGUGGGGCCAACGAGCCCUCAAGGUGUGCUACUUUCUUCACCCACUUCUGCCAGCGAGACAGGAUCGACAACUCCUGCUGCCGAUCUGCCCAGUCCAGCCAGCCCUGGCACUGUCAGCUCAGGCAUUGCCAGACGAAGGUCCUCGGUGAACCUUCGGCAACCAUUGCCUGACACAGAAGGUGAUGUGAUUGACUUCCUGGAACGGCGGCGAGUGGUGGCAACAAAGACAUUUAUUGUAAAGAUGUGGCAGAAAGGCCAGAGAGGAAUCCUCACCGGGGACAUCGUGGUACCUGCUCAUGAGGAGAUGCAGCUCAUUACACAGGUCUUGCGGCCGCCACAUCCGGAUGAGCACAGUGGGGUCAGCGACUGCCGCUUUCUAGUGGAAGCCGAGGAGUUAGCCGCGGCAAUCAACUGGAUUGUCACAAGAGAGAACAAGAACCUGGAAGGGCCUUUAAAAUGGCCCAAGACCUCAACUGCGCGCUUUAGAGAAUGGGUGACUACUCUCGUGACGAUGGAGAGGGAUUGUCGAGAGAUGGAACGCCAGGCACGCUGCUGGCUCAUGCGCUUCAAGCUUUUGUAUGGGGGUGUGCUUCCUGAAACUCCGCGGGACUAUUCUUUCGAACAUCGAGUACGCGUUGUAGACUUCUGGUAUGAAUACCACAAGGAUGCUUGGAACACCCGGCAUCCAGGGUUGAAGAGGAGUGGCACUGGACUAGGGACCAAGCAGGCGACUGGGCCAGCCGCUGACCCUUCCAAAAUCAAGAAGCAGCUGUCCACGAGACGAAUGAUGAGUAGCAGAUCCCAGACUUCCUUCCUGCGAGAUGCUGGCACCGGUGCGGUGUGCAAGCUGCCUCCUGUUCGCAGCCUGACCACGGAGCGCUACCUAAAGCAAUGCAACGGCUUGCCGAUGACCCCUUUGCCGAUGCCCUUCAUGAUUGGAGAAACCAAAGACUUGCUACUGGCGCACCUGGACCUCAGUGACAUGGAGUUGCUGGCUGUGGCUGAGACUCUACCAACAGUGGAAGCAGUGCAGAAGGUUGACCUGCAUGGCAACGCCAUGUUGAGUGACAAAGCUGUUGCUCAGCUCUUGAAGCGCUUGCUGGCACCCAAAUUGGCUUCGAAAUUGCUGGAGCUGAGCAUCGCGGGGUGCACUCGGGCAGGGGCCAAUACCACCGACCGUGCCAUUGAGCUCGUGAGCGAUGCCUUCAAUUUGCAACGACUUGACCUGAGCGGUGUGAAGAUUGACCACCACAAGUUGCUUCCACUUUGCGAAGCGAUCAGUGAGCGCCAGACACUGUCCUUUGUCAGCCUCAGUGGGACGACCUUUGGGAAGGGUCCAGUUGGCUUUGGCUGCCAGUGCGUGACCACGCUCCUCCAGGGACAUGUGGCAGAGUUGGACCUUAGCUGGAAUCAGUUCUCUUCCGAACUCUUUUGCUGCCUUGGGGAGACACUGGCCAAGCGGAAGAUGGUGAAGAAGCUGAACAUUUGCAACUGCUCUGGCGGAGGCCUUGACCGCUUGUCAACACCAGUGAACUUCUAUUUAGAAGAGCUACAGAUGGAUUCAGCUUUGACAUCGCUGGAUUUGUCCAUGACCCGGAUGGACUUCCGGUCCGCAUUGAUUCUAGAGGACGCGCUCCAGAAUCACAAGAGCUUGAAGCACUUGCAGCUCUCUGACAAUCCUUUAGGCCCACGUGGCUUGAGGUCCAUCCUUCGAUGUGUUGCCAGCGAGACGAAUUGCUUACAGUUUUUUGACACUUCUGGAUGCUAUGGAGGGGAGGAGCCAUCCAUCAAUGACCAUGAGGUCUUUAAAAUGAGUGACUUGCAAGGUGCAGGCUCCUAUAAUUUGCAACUCCAUCGCCCGUAUCAUCGGUCUUUGCUGCGAAUGCUUUACAAAGCAGCUGAACGAUUCCACUUGUCACCCUCUGAAGUCUUCAUUGUCAACUCUGAGGGACCGUUUGCCCAUGGGACCAAGAAGAAAGAUGGCACAUGGGAGGUGCCACGCGAAGGGGAGGUAUCGUUGUCCUUCAAUUUGGAAAGAUGUUUGGAAUCAUCCAUUUUCAAAGGUUUGGAGCGAGAUUUUGACACGGUCAUCAAACGCUUCUACCAGGUCACGCGGCACCAGCUUGAUGAGAAGAAGGCCAUCCCUGUCUUUGGGCGCUGGUACGACUUGGAUGGCUUCUUCCACUCUCAGACCGUUCUACUGAAGGCCUUGAGCUCCGACUUUGUCUUGUCUCUAGCAGACUUGCGAGUACUGGCCGCGACAUCACAGCUUGCAAAGCCCAAGUGCAUCAUCAAUCUGCUUCCCUCAGUGCUGCGGGAGCCUGGAUGGUACUUUAUUGCGCAGGGGAUGUACAGUACGACCUCUGAGUGUGUGACCUGUCGCAUGCAGCUGAGAGAGCUCAUCAACUUUUCCACUGGAAAUCCCACUGGGCACUACAAGCUGGAAUUGGAGAACCGCGCAGAUUUGGCAGUGGCUGAGAUGCUGAGAUUGUUGGACAAAUGGGAAGUCUUGAUGGAUAAGAAGUUCGACCGGCCUGACAUCUCAGCGACUCAGAACAGAUCGCAUGCGCGAAAUAUUUUCUACCAGGGCAAGCCAGUACAGAACACCUUCGCUGACUGGAAGUUGCCAAGCCAUGAUAAGCUUGAGCUGGACUACAGCAGCUCGUUCGGACCCCCACCAACAGCACGAGCCCUCCCAUCUGCAACUUUCCAGAUGAUGCUGGAUACAGUCCACAAUCCCCUGUGUGAUCCAGCUGUGGUGGUGCAAGCGCUGAAGAGCAAUUCCUCCAAAUUUUUCCUCUCAUCCAGGCAGCUCAGACAGUUGAUUGGCGUCUUUGAGCGGCCGCAGCACCGCAUCGAACUGUGCGUCACACUCUUCAACCGCAUCAUGGACCCGGAGCACGCAAAGCUUUAUCGUGGAAGGAUUGGAAGCUUUGAAGACUUGCUUGUCUUCAGCCGACGCAUCGGCAUGGCCAGGAGUUUCCCAUACAUGCAGCCAGAGUUCGAACAAUUCCACUUCAACUUCCACUUCCAUGAUGAGCGCGCAUGCAUCUCGAACUUGCUGGCGAUCUCAUCUCGCGAAGAUCCGGGGUAUAUUCGAAAUCCAGUGUAUAUUUUGCCUGAUGGAACCAUUGACCCGCUGAAGAUGGGUAUUCCUCGAAGCUGGGAGAUGCAAGACCGAGUUCCAGUGGGAGGUACAUUUAAGUGCAGCUAUGUGUGUGCAGCGACGCAGCGCAACUUUAUGAAUCGUAAGCACCUUUGCAAGACGUACCACUUUUCCGACGUGCACCAACUGGAAAAGGAAGUGGAGUGGUGGACCAAUAACAGGGAGGUUCCAUCUGAAGUUAUUGAUUUGGCUUUGUACUUGAAGGAGAAGAACCUGGACCUCAAGAAAGUCUUUGAUUCCUUUGAUGGUGCAGAUGGAAAUGGUGAAGUGGGUUACAUCAAGCUCAUUCGAGGCUUGGAGGGCCUCAGCUGGCCAAAUCCAGAGAUUGAACGAAGCGAGAAUGAGCUCAAGGAGCUCUACGUGACAGUCUUCCGCUGCCUGAAUGCCAAUGGUCAUGGAACCAUGGUGAGAGGUGACUGGACUAUCCUGCAGCAAGUCACUGAUGAUAUCCAGCAGACCAUCGGAGAAUGCUUGCAAUACCUGCUCAGAAUCAGCGAUGGCUCCUGGAACAACAUGUGGAAAAAGCUGGACGUUGAAGGCCUGGGAAGCCUCAACAGAGAAGCAUGGCUGCGGGCUGUGGAACGACUUUGCUAUUUUGGGCCCAGCGAACUUGUCUUUCGUGCUGCGAGGAAGGAAGGUAACAUCACGAAAGAGUCAUUGCGCUCAUUGGAACCAAUUCUCCAAAAAGUUGCUGAUGCAGAGUGAUCCAAUCUUCGCUACGUGCCAGGCUGUUGACGACGUUUUACUCCUUUAUUCUGCAGAGGAUCUCCUUGUUCUGGUGUUGUUCCACGCCUUUUGGUUCCC